CCCUCAGCUCCCAUCAAGCAGCUUUCGUGCCACGCUGACUAGAGCUUGGAGGCCCAAGAGCGCGCCCUUCCUCUGCUACCGCGAUUGCCAGAGGAUACAGGCGGGUGCUUCACGCGGAGCAGUCGCAGCCAGCCAGGGUGGUAGCGUGUCGGCUCUCCUUCUGUAUCAGGGGACCACCUACAUAGACUUGUGAUCGGCUCUUGCUCUCAUCCAUCGUCCUGUCAUUGUAGAAUCAUGGCGACUGCUCCCACCUCCUCUUCCUCAGGCGCAGCCCCUGGGCUCGGUCUCUACCUCACACAGCAAGUCAUGCUUCUGACACAAGACGGUCGGCUGCUACUGGGUGUACUGCAAGGCUUCGACAACAUGGGCAGUGUGAUUUUGAGCAAUACGAUUGAGCGGAUAUUCAACGCUGUGGAUGAAGGAGAGGAAGGAGGAGGAGUGGAAGAGGUGGAACUGGGAUUGUAUGUGCUGAGGGGGGACGCUAUCUGUCUGAUUGGCGACAUAGAUCCCGCAAAAGACGCAAGUAUAGACUGGAAGACUCUCAACGUGGAUGGUAUACCCGAUGUGCGGCAUAACUAGCGACCUCAGCAUGAGUGGAUCAAAAGAGAAAGGUGGGGGUCAAGACAUCAGUCUCCACAGAGAGGAGCAUAGAGACGGACUAUGCGACACCAGGCUCCUGCCGCGCUGACAAUGCAUUCUAGUUGCUGGUCAGAAAGUUUGUAUACUCUAUGGACGAAAUGCAUAUUGUACAAUUCACUGAAAAGGCUCCUGUCUCGCGCGGUCGAGCCAAAAGAUCCAUGAUACCACCCCUGCUUCGAGACUACUAAUGGGAGGAUGGUGGAUAUGUAGCGGCGGUGUUAUCGCUACUUGCCCGGCCUUGCGAGGCUGGGGCGACGGGCGGCUUUGCGCCU